UCAUGGCACUGGGCCGAGCGUCGCAUCUUCGAGCCCGAAUCGCCUCAGCAGCUGCCGCACACGAGCCAUGGUGACAGGGAACCGCUCCCCAUUAGUCACCCCACCGGCCACCUCUACCUCGCUCGUCCUGACCACAAUUUGCAAGUCGAUAAGACCUCCCAGGUGUACGGAGGCCACCAAACCACCAGCCAGUAGUAGCACCACAACACGUCUGGGCUCGUACGAAACUGGCUGCCUUGGCGGCUUCUCCUCUGACUCUCGCAUGUCGAUGACGACAAUGUCAGGCUCGCAGGUGAAGGAAUCGCUCAGGACUAGCGCUGCGUAGUGUCGGAAAGCACGACAGCUCGUCCUGACUUUGAGGGUGAUCUUCCUGGCGCGAUUGACAUGGUUGAGUCCCAGCAGCUUGUCAAGGGCAAAGGCGCUGAAUGAACGGUAGACGCGAUCGGUCCAUUUGGAUGAGAGUGGGAAGCGGCCCCCGCUGUUGACUGGCGGGUCACUGGGGCAAUAGAUAAGCCGGCCGAGAAUAAGCCGCCACAGCUCGUUCCUCUCGACGAUGCGGAACUGCCUCUCGCCGAUGGCAUACCACUGCACUAGCCUGCUCCUUGCGUGCAGCAAGAAGACCAUGAGCGACACAUAGAGGAGGCAGGCCGUAAGGAUCACGCCCGCGUCCGCGUAGAUGCAGGUAAGGCCGGCACCAAUCCACCGCAAGGCAAGCAAGUUGUCAUGCGGAGCCUUGAGGAUGUCAUCAAGAUAGAAAGACAGCGUAAGGCGCACGAGUAACCAGACCCACAGCAGCACAUAGAUCACGUAGACGGCUGCCGUCAGGAGUCGCUGCAGCAGGCUGGUGGGGAUAACAAAGACAUCGGUCUUCCGUCUGCAGCCCUCGGUCAGCUGCAGUUGCAGCUGUUGACUGCUAGCCCCACUGCAGAGCAGACCGCCAAAUGUCGUGUAGACGGCCAUGGCAGCGGGCAGCCGAUGGAAAGUCGCCUUGUCGGGCACAUGAGCCGCCACACUCUCAGCCGACAGCACCAUAGGCAGCUGGCCAGCCGCACCCCAGGCACUCGCCACCCUGAUAAAUGUGGCCAUCAUGCGCCACUCAGCCGCCCGCUCGAUGACAUAGGCACAGCGAGCGAGAUAUCCAAAUCGCGAGAGGGAUGGUGGCAGGACAGGAGCCGACGGGUCGACGCCGCGGUCCCUCUCCACAUCGAUAAGGCCGGUGAGCUGCUGCUGGGCCAGGCAGCUGUUGAUGCGACCGAGAAGGAACGCUUCAUCGAUCAGCCGAGCGCCGUAAGCCUUGCCGACCGCCCGGAGCCUCACGGCAUCGUCGACAGGCAGUAGAGGGAUGACCACACGGGCGAAGACGUCAGCAGGAAGCCCUUGGUCAGCUCCAGCACUACCGAUGGCGACCGAUAGCUCAGUGGUGGAAUCAUCCUCCUCAGUGGAUGUCGACAGCAACUGACGAUGGUCGGCCACUCGCCGAUAAGAGAAACGAGACGUCCACCACCGCAGCAGCCAAAUCAUUAUUUGUCAGCUGUCGGUGAGGGAGGGACACAGAGACCUCAGCAAGCAGCAGAAGCUGAGAAGCUUCCAUGCUGUGUACCUGUUCGGCUCUCUCGAUGAUAGGGCUCGUGUGCGUGUGAUGCUCUCUAUGCUCUGUUGACCUUCUUCGCUCAGCUGGGGCUCACACAGACUUCCCUCAUCGCAGCUGCGCCUGACAGGACAUGAACAGACAUCGCAUGUUUUGGAAGAUCCCACACACGUGUGCAUUCAUGGUUCCUUUGCUCCCAUUUCCGACCCCUCCUCACCUCCAGAAACGCCAUUCGGCUCCAUCUCUGGCGAUCGCAAAGCUCGCAGCAGCGGGCAU